AGGACGUUUAAAGAGGCAGCCGCUCGGAUCGCGCUCAGUGCUGACGAUCCCUCUGUUCGGGUCGUUGUAAGGUUCAUUGAAGAUGUCGGAGAACCCGGCUGAGGUCGCUCCAGAUCCCCAGGAGCUGCAAAUUAAAUAUGCCAAAGCCUAUCUACUGCAAGCGGGUCCGUCCGGAGUCAGCCUAUAUGCACACCUUUCUGCCCUUCUGUCCCGGAUCCUGUCAGAGCGCCCCCCUAAUGCCCUGGAGACCCUGGAGCAGAUGAGUGCAGAACUGCACUGGUCUAGACUGAACAAAGGACUUCACUCCCUGCGCCCCCUGACAGAUGACCCCCCCACGGUUAUGAAGGCAGAGUCCCACCGUGCGCUGUUCGCUCGCGGUGCAGGAGAAGCUGACGAGACGGAAGGAGAUGGAGAAAUGACAGACUCUCCUCUUCCCAACCUGUAUGACCUCGCUCAUCUUCUCCAACAAGGAGGGUUGAGCCUAGGGCGAGACGAGACAGUACGGAUAGCACUUGCCAUGAAACGACUCACUGACCCCCGUCCACUCCAGUACUGUCGCUUCUGGGGCAAGAUCCUUGGUACGGGUGGCAGUUAUUUGGUGGCAGAGGUGCAGUUUCGUGAAGGAGAAGAUGAAGAAGCAGAAGAGGAUGCGGAAGAAGAAGAGAAGGCCACAGCCGAGGAAGAAGAUGAGGAGGAAAAAGAAGAGGCAGAAGACUUGCCCCCUAAGUCUACUUACCAUCCCCCUCCUGUGGUUCCCCGUGAGGAAAAUGGUACAGGAACCAAUAAAUAUGUGUACUUUGUAUGUACUGAAGCUGGGGCAGAAUGGAUCAGACUUCCACCGGUAACACCGGCACAGAUAACAGCCGCACGAAAGAUCAAGCGUCUUUUCACUGGAAAUCUUGAUGCCCCAGUCAUCACCUACCCACCAUUUCCAGGGACAGAAGCUAAUCUUCUACGUGCUCAGAUUGCCCGGAUUUCGGCAGGAACCCAUGUUAGUCCCCUGGGCUACUACCAGUUUGGAGAAGAGGAAGGUGAAGAAGAAGAGGAAGGGGCAACAAGAGACACCUAUGAGGAGAACCCAGAGUUUGAGGGCAUUCCAGUGACUGACUUGGUAGAGAAUUUGUCUAGUUGGGUUCAUCAUGUCCAGCAUGUUUUGCCACAGGGACGUUGCGUUUGGUUUAAUACAGCAAUGAAAUCGGAGGAGGAAAUGGAAGAAGAGGAAGGAGAGGAGGAAGAGAAGGAAGAUGAAGAGGAACCCGAGCCUGAAGUGGGGCCACCACUGCUCACUCCACUCUCAGAAGAUGCAGAGAUCAACAAUACACCUCCAUGGACGGCUUACCUCUCCUCCACGCACAUCCCGCAGUACGCUCUCGCCGUUCUCCGCUCUAACCUGUGGCCUGGAGCCUACACCAUUGCAAGCUCCAAGAAAUUUGAAAACAUCUACUUUGGUUGGUGCAUAAAGUACAGUCCUGAAGGGUACAGCCCCCCUGCACCUCCUUCACCCCAGCCCGAGUACCCAAGCGGUCCAGAGAUUAGUGAAGGCUUGGACCCCACAGUAGAGGAGGAAAAUGCUCUGAAGGCUGCACAGGAAGAGGCCGCAGCUGCUGCUGAAGAGGCAGAGGAGGAGGAGGAAGAGGAGGAGGAGGAUGACGACGAUGACUGAGAAGUGUAUCUAUUUCUAUUUCUUUCAGUUACAUACAUUAAAGUUAUUUUCACAGUU